AUCUCUCACGGCGAAUCUCAAUGGGUCUAUUCCUGACAGCAUCUCCUCUCUCACUUCACUACAAGUUCUGGAUAUUCAAAACAGCAAUUUGAUGGGCUCCAUUCCCAACGGCAUCUCCAAUCUUUUUCAGCUUUACAAACUGUCUCUUCCAAACAACAAUUUGACUGGCUCCAUUCCCAACGGCAUCUCCAAGCUUUUUUUGCUCGAUUCUCUGGAUCUUUCAAACAACAAUUUGACGGGAUCCAUUUCCAGUGGCAUACGCUCUCUUUCCAAGCUCACUUAUCUGUCUCUUUCAAACAACAGGUUGACGGGCUCCAUUCCCAGCACCAUAUUCACGAACCCUAAGCUCACUUACCUUUCUCUUUCAAACAACGCUUUGACAGGCUCCAUUUCCAGUGACAUCAACAAUCUGACUCAGCUCUCUUACCUGUCUCUUUCAGACAACGCUUUGACGGGGUCCAUUUCAACUACCAUUUACUGGCUUCCGCAGCUCACUUAUCUGUCCCUUUCAUACAACACUUUGACGGGCUCCAUUUCCGAUGAAAUCUACGGCCUUGAUCAGCUUUCUUUUCUGUCUCUUUCAAACAACAGGUUUACAGGCUCCAUUCCUAGCUACUUAUUCAUGCUCUCUCAGCUCGCUUAUCUGUCUUUGUCAAACAACAACAUGAAGGGCUACAUUCCCGACAGGAUCUCCGAUUUUACUCAGCUCACUUGGCUGUCUCUUAAAAACAACCAAUUGACAGGCUCCAUUCCCGACGGCAUCUCUGUGCUCGUGCAGCUUGAUUAUCUGUGUAUUCAAGGGAAUCGCUUGGAAGGAUCUAUUCCAUCCACUCUCAGCCGCUUGAUCAACCUGAUGAACCUGGAUCUCUCAUCCAAUUCCCUGACUGGCCCCAUGUUCACCAACUUCGCCUUUCUUGAUGGCCUCACCUAUCUAAACCUCUUUGAUAAUAACCUCAGCGGGGAAAUUCCAGCUGAGAUUGGAGGCCUCACUAGAUUGAAGUACUUCAACACCUCUGGCACCAACCUCACAUGCCCACCUGAUCGCACUGCCUGUGGCGUGAAACAAUCUCCCACAACAUCCUUUUGCCGCAUGUGUAAAACCUUCUGCAAUACUUGCACCAACCAAUCUGCAG